AUGAACAUAUUGUGCAGAAUUCCGAAUUAUAGCUGGUUUUCUCGAUCUCGACGUUCAGCCAAUUCCUGGGAUCAUUAUGUUGAGGUACUUGUUGUUGCCGACAACAAAAUGCUUCUUUAUCAUCAAAAUAAUCUUGAAAAUUACGUGCUUACAUUAUUUUCUACGGUAGCUUCUAUUUAUCGCCAUCCAAGUUUACGUGCUGCAAUAAAUAUUAUCGUGACACGCUUAAUUGUAUUAAAACAUGAGGCGGCAGGACCGCAUAUUAGUGAAAAUGCUCAAGAUACACUGCAACAAUUUUGUCGCUGGCAAGAAGCAUAUAAUGAUAAAAAUGAUGAUGCACCAAACCAUCAUGAUGUAGCCAUUCUUCUCACUCGGCAUGACAUAUGCAGAGCACCAGGAAAAUGUGAUACGUUGGGUCUUGCUGAAUUAGGCACUAUGUGUGAUUCAUUGCGAAGUUGUGCUAUCAUUGAAGAUAACGGUUUAUCAGCUGCAUUUACAAUAACUCACGAAUUAGGACAUAUUUUCAAUAUCCCUCACGACGAUGAACGUAAAUGCGGUCGCUACAUGGCUCUUAAUAAGCAUAAUUAUCAUAUAAUGGCACCAACACUUGAAUACAAUACUCAUCCUUGGUCAUGGAGUCCAUGUAGUGCUGCAAUGCUUGCCAAAUUUCUCGAGUUGGUCUCUUUUUUCAAUAACAUAAAUAUUUAUAAUGAAAGACAAAAUAAAAUAAAACAUGGAGCUCAGUUUUAAUU